AUGAUUCAAGUUCCGAACGCAACAGGCGACCCUGAACGGCUUCGCGCCGAGGGCGAGCUAUUCGACAAGGAUGCCGCACUGGCGGUCGUCAGCGAUGUGGCAAUGGAAAUCGAUCCAGAGGUCGAGAAGCGCGUCCUGCGCAAGAUCGACCUCUUCUUCAUGCCGGCCAUGCUAAUCGGGUACGGACUGGUCUACUGGGACAAGGCGAUUCUCGGCAGCGCGACGCUGUUCGGCAUGACCACCGACCUGCACCUGGUGGUCAUCGACCACAGCACGACGCCGCCGUCAAAAGACACGUCCCGGCUGAGCUGGGCGACCUCGAUUUUCUAUUUCGGCAUGCUGGCCGGUCUCUACCCGAUGACCUUUUUCGUGCAGCGCUUCAAAAUCCAGCAUGUCUUUGGGCCGAUCGUUAUGCUGUGGGCUGUCACCUGUGCUGCUACCGCGGGGGUAACGACCUGGCAGGGGUUGUUUGUCCAGCGCUUCUUCCUAGGGGUAACAGGGGUCGGUCUGACAAAAAAUGCAGGCUUCGUGGAAAGCGUGGUCCCCACCGGCUUCAUGACCAUCGUCAGCGGCUACUACACGCAAAAAGAGCAGUCCCUGCGCCAGGCAUGGUGGUUCUCCGGCACAGGAUGGUUCACCAUUAUCGGCGGCGCAAUGAACUACGGCUUCGGGCAGAUCACCUCCGGCUCGCUGAAGCGCUGGCAGUACAUCUACAUCUUCGCCGGCGUACUGACCUUCCUCUUCGGGAUCUGGUGCUGCGCGAUGCCCAACUCGCCUGUCUCAGCCUGGUUUCUUACACAGGAAGAACGCGUCGUCGCCGUCGAGCGCCUCCGCAGGGGUCAAACGGGCGUGCGCUGUCAGAAGAUCAAGCUGUCGCAGAUCAAGGAGGCUGCGCUUGAUGUUAAGAUGUACCUGAUUGCCAUUAUGAUGGCUGCUGCAUACACGAUCAACGGCGCAAUCUCCGGCUUCGGCCCCCUCAUCGUCUCAACCUUCGGCUACGACACGCUUGACUCGAUUCUAUUUCAAUUCCCCGUCGGCGGCAUCUGCGUCAUUUUCAUCCCGUUGUGCGGGUACAUCGCUUCGCGCAUCCCGAACACCCGCAUCCCCAUGUUGAUCGCCUGCUGUCUCCCCGUCCUCGCGGGGUGCGCGCUCAUCUGGAAGUCCACGUGGGGGUACCAGCCCGCGGCGCCGGUCGUCGGGUACGCGCUGACGGGGUUCUUCGGGCCGGUGGUCAGUCUGAUCAUCACGCUGGGGGCGAGCAAUGUCGCGGGCGCGACGAAGAAGACCGUCAUGGCGGCGACGGUGUUUGUGGCGUAUACCGUUGGCAAUAUUAUCGGGCCGCAGCUUGUCAAGACGCAGACUGUUCGGCAACAUUACCCGGAGCUCUGGACGGGGUUGAUCAUCUGCUACUGCGUUACGAUUGUGGCGGCGGGAGCGCUGUACGUGGUUCUGUGGAGGGAGAAUCGGCGGAGGGAGGGGAUGGAUCUGGACGAGAGCCAGCGGGAUAAGAUGGCGUUUAAUGAUUUGACGGAUAAGGAGAAUCCGUUCUUCAGAUAUGUUUUAUAAACUUUGCCCUUAUAUACUAUACUG